AUGAAAAUUGACCUUAGUAAGGCUUAUGAUACAGUUGACUGGGAGUUUGUGGAUGAUUUACUCAAGUUGCUCUGCUUUCCUUCUCGAUUCAUCAAGUGGAUAAUGACAUGCUUGAAGGGUACAAACUAUCAUUUGCUUCUUAAUGGUAGAAUCCAAGAUGAUUUAGUUAUCUUUUGCAAGGGUGAUCUCAAUUCGGUAAGGCUUACUCAUGAUGCUUUCAUGAAGUUCUGCAAUGACACAGUUAGUGAAGAGGUUAAAUCGAAGAUUAUGGACAUUGUCAAAAUUGAAGAAGGAGGAUUUCCCCUUGAGUAUUUAGGGGUCAAUCUUAGGCCAACCAAAUGGAAGGUCAAAGACUGUGGAGUUAUCUUGGAUAAACUGAACAAGAAUCUCAAUUGCUGGGCGAGUAGAAACCUCUCCUUUGCGGGUCGUGCUCAAUUGAUCCACUCGGUAAUGCUUGGUAUAAUAAAUUUUUGGAUGAGUAUAUUCACCAUUCCCUCUAAGAUAACAGCUGCCAUCGAUAAGAGUUGUCGAGAUUUUUUAUGGGGAUCUUCAGGGAAUAGUAGUAAGCUUCACCAAGCUUCUUAG